AUGUCAUGGCUUAAAAAGCACAAUCCCCAGAUCUCAUGGGAAAAGCAUACACUCGUUUUUAACUCAUCCUAUUGUUCCAAUAAUUGCCUAUCUGUACCCACUGUCUUAGAACUCAAGGCAGUAGAGGAAAUACCACUCCCGUACCAAGAAUUCUCUAGGGUGUUUUCAGAGGAAGAAUCCUCAAAAUUGCCACCUCACCGCCCAUAUGACAUUGCUAUUGAGUUGCUCCCUGACGCAAAACCCCAACACGGCCCCAUUUAUAGCCUAGGGCCAAGGGAAGACGCUGAACUAAAGGAAACCAUUGAAAAACAACUUAAAGCAGGUCUGAUCCGCCCAUCCAAAUCUCCCAUGGCAUCUCCAAUAUUAUUUGUCAAAAAGAAGAACGGGAAAUUACGCAUGUGCGUAGACUAUCGACAGUUGAAUAGCAUGACCAAGAAGAACGCUUAUCCCCUGCCCUUGCCACAAAACCUUAUCAAGAAACUACAAGGUGCUAAGAUCUUUAGUAAAUUUGAUCUUAGGGCAGGCUACAACUUAGUCCAAAUUAGAGAAGGCGAUGAGUGGAAAACCGCUUUCAAAACUAAAUACGGAUUAUUCGAAUACUUGGUUAUGCCUUUUGGAUUGACAAAUGCGCCGGCAGCCUUUCAAGACAUGAUGAACAAAAUAUUCAGAGAUCUUUUGGACGUUUAUGUCAUCAUCUACUUGGACGAUAUUCUGGUCUUCUCUCUGAAUGAAAAAGAUCAUGAAGCCCAUGUGCAAGAGGUACUCAAAAGGCUGCAGGAUAAUGACCUUUUUUGCAAUAUUGAGAAAUGCCAUUUUCACGUCAAGAAAAUCGAUUAUCUAGGGUUUAUCAUAUCUGAAUUUGGUAUAGAAGUCGAUCAAUCUAAAGUCACAGACGCCCUGAAUUGGUCAACACCUAAGAAUGUCAAAAACAUCCAAGAAUUCUUAGGAUUUGUGAACUUCUAUAGGCAAUUUAUCCCUAAUUUUGGAAAUAUGGCACGACCACUGUACAAUUUGCUCAAGAAAGAUAGUAAUUGGAGAUGGGAAUCAGCAGAACAACAAUCUUUUGACGGCCUUAAAAAAUGUCUUACUUCAGCGCCCUUGCUUUUACAACCUGACACCACAAGACAAUUUUAUGUGGAAUGUGACGCAUUGGAUUAUGCCACUGGAGCAAUACUAUCCCAGCGCAACCUUGAAGGGAAAUUGGCCCCUGUAGCCUACCUAUCCAAGUCGUUAUCCCCAGCUGAGAAAAACUAUGAUAUCUUUGACAAAGAAUUGCUAGCGGUUAUUAGGGCAUUUAAGGAGUGGCGUCAUCUGCUGGAGGGAUCCGAAGUACCAGUCCAAGUCCUAACGGAUCAUAAGAACUUGGAAUACUUUUCCACAUCACAGUCCUUGAACAAACGUCAAAUCAGAUGGGCAAACUUCCUAGUAGACUACAAUUUCCAGAUCAUUUACAGACCAGGAGCACAGAAUAAAAAAGCUGAUAUCCUUUCACGACGCUACAAUUUAGUACCCCUUGAAGGGGGGGUAGAGAACCAGGUUCUCCUGAAACCGGAACUUUUCAUUGCAUCUAUUACUCCGGAUCAAGAGAUCAAUGACCUAAUCGGUGAAGCUAUUUACGAGGAUGACCGUCUGAAAGAAAUUCUGCACAAACUCCAGAACAAAGAAAAGGUCUUAGACUGGGAAUUGAGAGAAGGUUUACUAUGGUGUCAAGGAAAAAUAUUCGUACCAAAAGAUGACACUAUUAGGAACCUCAUCUUGGAAUCUAGGCAUGAUGCACUAGCGGCAGGACAUCCAGGACAAGCUAGAACAUUGGAACUUGUCUCAAGGAAUUAUUAUUGGCCAUCCAUGAAAAAGUUUGUCAACUCUUAUGUCAGCCACUGUGAAACAUGUAUUCAAUCAAAACCAACCAAUCAGGCACCAGUAGGACUGUUAAAGCCAUUACAGAUUCCCGAACGCCCUUGGGAAGACAUUGCCUAUGACAUGAUUGUAGGACUACCAAUCUCAGAAGGUUUUGACGCCAUCCUCACUGUCAUUGACCGUUUCUCAAAAAUGGUUCACUUCAUUCCCACUCAAUCCACGGCGUCAGCUAUUGAUAUUGCCAACCUCUUUAUCACGUAUAUAUGGAAAUUACACGGUCUUCCCAGAAGUACGGUUUCAGACAGAGGCCCCACAUUCAACGCCAAGUUCAUUCGUCACUUAUAUAAAAGGCUGGACAUCAAACCCACAUACUCCACAGCCUACCAUCCGCAAACAGAUGGACAGACAGAACGAAUACAACGGGAAGUUGAAAUUUUCAUCCGUAUGUUUGGAAACCACCGCCAAUCAGACUGGGUAUCCCUACUUCCUUUAGCAGAGUUUGCGCUCAACAACCUUAAGCAAUCUUCCACGGGUAAAUCUCCGUUCCAAAUAUGUUAUGGUCUAAACCCCCAAUUCUCUGUGGGUCAGAAAUCAGACGAGUCUACCCCAAAUGCAGAUGAACAUGCAGAGUUUUUGGAAAAAGGCUAUGAUGAGGUUAGGGCAGCACUGUCAUUAUCGCAAGAACGGAUGAAAUACUUCUACGAUCAAAAGCAUAAGGAAGAAGAAGAAAUCCAAGUAGGGGAUAAAGUUUGGUUAAGCCAUCAGAACAUAUCUACUGAUAGGCCGUCCAUCAAACUUAGCCAUAAAAAGUUAGGCCCUUACCUAGUGAUUGAGAAAAUUGGAUCGCACGCAUACAAGCUACAACUACCCCACACAAUGCGCAUACAUCCAGUCUUCCAUAUCAAUCUUCUAACCAAGUUUCACCCCAACCCUCAUGGCCGUGAUCCUCCUCAACCUGCACCCACUAUCACAGAAGAAGGUGAGGAAGAAUAUGAAGUUGAAAGAAUCCUGGACAGCAAAUGGAAAGGGCGUGGCAAAUCAAAAAAACUCUGGUAUUUAGUCAAGUGGAAGGGAUACAACAAAGGAAGCAACUUGUGGGAACCAGUGGAUAAUGUGGGUAACGCUCAAGAAGCCAUAGAAGAAUUCCACAUGGAACACCCUGAUGCAGUUAGAGCUUGA